AUGCCACCUGAGUGUGGACAAACGGGUGACAUGAGGGGUUAUGAGGGCGGGGGUUAUGAGGGCGGGGGUUAUGAGGGCGGGGGUUAUGAGGGCGGGGGUUAUGAGGACGGGGGUUAUGAGGGCGGGGGUUAUGAGGGCGGGGGUUAUGAGGGCGGGGGUUAUGAGGGCGGGGGUUAUGAGGGCGGGGGUUAUGAGGGUGGGGGUUAUGAGGGUGGGGGUUAUGAGGGCGGGGGUUAUGAGGGCGGGGGUUAUGAGGGUGGGGGUUAUGAGGGCGGGGGUUAUGAGGACGGGGGUUAUGAGGGCGGAGGGGGAUAUGAGAGAGCGCGGGACGAUGAGGACAUAAAUUAG